GCGCUGGGUGCCCGGCUGCCGGGCGCGGGGAGCGGAGCGAUGGCGGCGGGGAGAGCCCGGCGGCUCCUCGGCUCCCUCUGGAUCGCCCUUCUCCUCGGGCAGCCGGACCCGGCCGGCGCCGCCGCUCGGAGCGGCUCCCAGAGCCUCCUCACAGGCUCCCUUGUGAGAACCUUCACUCCUUUUUACUUCCUGGUGGAGCCAACGGAUGUUCUGUCAGUUCGUGGAGCCUCUGUUGUAAUGAACUGCUCAGCUUAUUGUGAAGCCUCCCCAAAAAUUGAAUGGAAGAAAGAUGGAACUUUCCUAAACCUGGUAUCAGAUGACAGGCGCCAGUUGCUGCCAGAUGGAUCUUUAUUAAUAAACAGUGUGGUGCAUUCCAAGCAUAAUAAACCUGAUGAAGGAUAUUAUCAAUGUGUGGCAACUGUGGAAAGCCUGGGGACCAUUGUCAGCAGGACAGCAAAGCUCACCGUAGCAGGCCUUCCCAGGUUCAGCAGCCAGCCAGAAGCCUCGUCUGUCUCUAAAGGAAGCAGUGCAAUCCUGAACUGUGAAGUGAAUGCUGACCUUGCACCAUUUGUGAGGUGGGAGCAGGACAGGCAGCCGGUGCUCCUGGAUGAGCGUGUGUACAAGUUACCGAGCGGAGCUCUCAUCAUCAGCAAUGCUACCGACACGGAUGGAGGCCUCUAUCGCUGCGUCAUUGAGAGCGGGGGGACCCCCAAGUACAGCGAUGAAGCAGAGCUCAAAGUUCUGCCAGAUCCGGAGGAGCCGCAGGACUUGAUGUUUGUGAGACAGCCCUCUUCACUUACAAAGCUUACUGGGCAAAGUGCGGUUUUCCCGUGUGUUGCUGUAGGAUUUCCAGUACCAUAUAUCAGGUGGACAAGAAAUGAAGAAGAGCUUAUCACAGAAGGCUCUGGAAGAUUUCUCCUGCUUGCGGGGGGCAGCCUGGAGAUCAGCGAGAUUACGGAACAGGAUGCUGGGAUCUACACCUGCAUAGCGGACAAUGGAAAUGACACCAUUGAGGCUCAAGCAGAACUUACAGUUCAAGUUCCUCCGGAGUUUCUGAAGCGACCAGCAAAUAUUUAUGCCCAUGAAUCCAUGGACAUUGUCUUUGAGUGUGAGGUGACUGGAAAACCUACUCCAACAGUGAAAUGGGUCAAGAAUGGAGACAUGGUUAUCCCGAGUGACUAUUUCAAAAUCAUUAAAGAACAUAAUCUGCAAGUUUUGGGUCUGGUGAAAUCAGAUGAAGGAUUCUAUCAGUGCAUUGCAGAAAAUGAUGUUGGAAAUGCACAGGCUGGAGCCCAGCUGAUAAUACUUGACCUUGAUGUUGCCAUCCCAACAUUACCUCCCACUUCACUGACCAGUGCCACUAAUGACCAUCUAGCACCAGCGACAACAGGACCGCUGCCUUCAGCCCCGCGGGACGUCGUGGCCACCCUCGUCUCCACUCGCUUCAUCCGGCUGACGUGGCGGACGCCUGUAUCUGACCCUCAAGGAGACAACCUCACUUAUUCAAUCUUCUACACCAAGGAAGGUAUAAACAGGGAACGUGUUGAAAAUACAAGUCAUCCUGGAGAGACACAAGUGAUGAUCCAAAACCUGAUGCCAGAAACAGUUUAUGUGUUUCGAGUUGUGGCUCAAAACAAGCAUGGUCCUGGGGAAAGCUCAGCACCGCUGAAGGUGGCAACUCAGCCUGAAGUUCAGCUUCCUGGUCCAGCACCCAACAUCCGAGCAUCGGCCACUUCCCCCACCUCCGUUACUGUGACCUGGGAAACGCCGCUGUCAGGCAAUGGUGAAAUCCAGAACUACAAACUCUACUACAUGGAGAAGGGGCAGGACACUGAGCAGGAUGUUGAUGUAGCAGGACUCUCCUACACCAUUAAUGGCUUAAAGAAAUACACAGAGUACAGUUUCCGUGUGGUAGCGUACAACAAGCACGGCCCCGGUGUCUCCACCCAGGAUGUUGUUGUGCGAACACUGUCAGAUGUCCCCAGUGCUCCGCCACAGAAUCUGACACUGGAGGUCCGCAAUUCCAAGAGCAUCAUGCUUCACUGGCAGCCUCCUCCUGCAGGGACACACAGUGGGCAAAUCACUGGCUACAAGAUCCGCUACCGUAAGGUGUCCCGCAAGAGCGAUGUAACAGAGAGCAUUGGUGGGACCCAGCUCUAUCAGCUCAUUGAAGGUCUUGAACGAGGCACAGAAUACAGCUUCCGAGUAGCUGCCCUGACUGUCAAUGGUACCGGACCAGCGACCGACUGGGUGUCAGCAGAAACAUUUGAGAGUGAUCUGGACGAAACCCGUGUUCCUGAAGUUCCCAGCUCCCUGCACGUCCGUCCACUUGUCACCAGCAUUGUAGUGAGCUGGACUCCUCCUGAAAACCAGAAUAUUGUGGUGAGAGGCUACGCGAUCGGGUAUGGCAUCGGCAGCCCUCACGCCCAGACCAUCAAGGUGGACUACAAACAGCGAUACUACACUAUCGAAAACCUAGACCCAAGCUCCCACUAUGUCAUAACUCUGAAAGCAUUUAACAACGUUGGGGAAGGGAUCCCUCUCUACGAGAGCGCGGUGACCAGGCCUCACUCAGACACUUCCGAGGUUGAUUUGUUUGUUAUUAAUGCUCCAUACACUCCAGUGCCAGAUCCGUCUCCCAUGAUGCCACCAGUGGGAGUUCAGGCUUCCAUCCUGAGUCAUGACACCAUACGGAUCACUUGGGCAGACAACUCUCUGCCGAAGAACCAGAAGAUCACAGAUGCUCGCUACUACACAGUGCGCUGGAAAACCAAUAUUCCUGCUAAUACCAAGUACAAGACUGCCAAUGCCACCACUUUGAGCUAUUUAGUGACUGGGUUAAAACCAAACACCUUGUAUGAAUUCUCCGUGAUGGUGACUAAAGGGCGAAGAUCAAGUACUUGGAGUAUGACGGCGCAUGGAACAACUUUUGAACUAGUUCCUACUUCUCCUCCCAAAGACGUGACUGUGGUGAGCAAAGAGGGAAAACCUCGGACAAUAAUUGUCAACUGGCAGCCUCCAUCGGAAGCCAACGGCAAAAUCACAGGAUACAUCAUUUACUACAGUACGGAUGUGAACGCUGAAAUACACGAUUGGGUUAUUGAACCAGUCGUGGGAAACAGACUGACCCAUCAGAUACAGGAGCUGACCCUCGACACACCUUAUUACUUCAAAAUUCAGGCCCGCAACUCCAAGGGCAUGGGGCCAAUGUCUGAGGCCGUUCAGUUCAGGACCCCCAAAGCUUCAGGGUCUGCAGGGAAAGGAAGCCGCCCCGUGGACAUAGGACCAGAUUACAAACCGCCGCUGGGUGGCAGUAACAGUCCCCAUGGAAGCCCAACCUCUCCCUUGGACAGCAACAUGCUCCUUGUAAUCAUUGUGUCCGUUGGAGUGAUCACCAUUGUGAUUGUGGUGAUAGUCGCCGUCUUCUGCACCCGUCGUACAACUUCUCACCAAAAGAAGAAACGAGCUGCCUGCAAAUCAGUGAAUGGGUCCCACAAGUACAAAGGAAACUCCAAAGAUGUCAAACCUCCUGACCUUUGGAUCCAUCAUGAAAGACUGGAGCUGAAACCCAUCGAUAAAUCUCCAGAUCCCAAUCCAAUCAUGACCGAUACCCCAAUCCCUCGCAACUCCCAAGACAUCACCCCAGUUGAUAAUUCCAUGGACAGCAAUAUCCAUCAACGGCGGAAUUCCUACAGAGGGCAUGAGUCAGAGGAUAGCAUGUCCACACUGGCAGGAAGAAGGGGAAUGAGACCCAAGAUGAUGAUGCCUUUUGAUUCUCAACCACCUCAACCUGUGAUUAGUGCUCAUCCCAUCCAUUCACUCGAUAACCCUCACCAUCAUUUCCACUCCGGCAGCCUCGCUUCUCCAACUCGCAGCUAUCUCCAUCACCAGGUCAGCCCGUGGCCGAUUGGCACAUCCAUGUCCCAUUCAGACAGGGCCAAUUCCACAGAAUCUGUUCGGAACACACCCAGCACAGACACCAUGCCGGCUUCCUCAUCCCAGACCUGUGCUGACCACCAGGACCUGGAAAGCACCACAGGAUCCUACCUGGCUAACACACAAGAGGAGGACUCGGCUCAGAACCUGCCCACAGCCCAUGUCCGUCCUUCCCAUCCGCUGAAGAGCUUUGCAGUGCCAGCCAUCCCACCUGCUGGUUCCACGUAUGACCCUGCGCUGCCCAGCACACCCCUGCUAACACAGCAAGCUCCUGCCCAUCCAGUUCACUCAGUGAAGACUGCAUCAAUUGGGACUUUAGGAAGAACUCGACCUCCUAUGCCCGUGGUAGUUCCCAGUGCCCCUGAUGUGCAGGAGACCACCAGGAUGCUUGAGGACUCAGAAAGCGUAGAACUAUGAACCGGAUGAGCUGACCAAAGAGAUGGCCCACCUGGAAGGACUUAUGAAGGACCUUAAUGCCAUCACUACAGCAUGACCGCCCUCGCCGGGACAUGACUCCAGACAGUGUCACAAGUCUUGGGACUCAGCCUUGGAACACAAGGAAUUGUACAGAGGAAAAAAAGAGAAAAAAAAAGGAAAAAAAAAAAGGAAAACCAGAAUGAGGGACAGCACAUGGAAACGGGAAUCAACCAGCAUUUGUGCUACAGCUGGUCAAAAAGCGAUGACCCUUCUUGUCAUCAUCCUGCAAUGAAGUCUUUGCCAAGUUGAAUUCCAGUGACCUGCUGAGACCGUGCAGGGUGGGAUGCAGCAGGCUCAGCUCCAGCAUCCAGACUAAAGGAAAGAAAGUGGACUUGAGGGUUGUUUUAUUUCUGGUCAGGUUUUGUCUCAGUGGUGUGAUUGCCCUGCCUUUUCAGUGUUGGACAUUGGCAUUUAUGUACAAUUUUAUUUGUGUUUUUAUUUUAACUUUUUUUAUAAAAAGAAAAAAAAAUACUGUCAUAAAAAAAGGAAGAAGAAGAAACAGAAGAAACUGUUGUUUUCCACAGCCUAGACUGAAGUUUGACUGCUUGUUCUAUUGUGUAUGGAAAUUCAUUGCCAGUGUGGGUUGUUCUGUUUUGUUUUUUACCCUGCGUAUUCUGACGUCCCCUUCUGGCAGUUAAUCCAUGGCCUUUUGGGAUGCUGCACUGCUCUUUGUAAGCUUUUUUAUUAUUUUUAUAUUAUAAUUAUUAAAAGCCUGACUUCCUCCUCUCAUCACUGUGAGAUUCCUGCUCUGUUUGAAUUGAAAUGUAAUUUAAAAGGCUUGUUUGUCGCUUUUUGUGCCGUUUCAAUAUUUUGAGUGGGGGAAAAGUAGCUGGGGAAGGGGAGGGGAUCCAGUGGGAGGUUUCAUUAUUGUUGGUUUCCUGUCUUUCUCCAUGGACCCGAGAGACUGAAGAAAAUGAAAGCAUCUUCUGUAAUGUCCUUACUUGGACCUUCAGGAUACUGUGUCCCUGGUUACUGACUUGCAGUGAGUCUCAUUGAAAAACAUUAAAAAUCCUAAUUCCUCCUGUAAAAUAAGGUAAAUCCUUGUAUUCAGAUGACACUACAGCCUGCUUUGGCUCUGUUUUGUUGGUGGUAGUGGACAGUUCACCUUAUGAAGCUCUGAAGUGUAGAUGGAGCUCACUGAGCAGGGAGGCAGCAGCUCCUCCCUGGCAGUGCUUAGGUUUGACUAUGGGGACCUGUUCUCAUCAGCAUUAAAUGAUAUUGUACUUCUGAGAACACUACAGAUGUUCCCAGUGCACUCAGUUGAAGUUCUGGCCCAGGCCAUUUGAACAAAGAGUCCUUCUCAAGGAUUCCUCAGAGACAGAAGCAAGGCAAAAAUGUAUUAUUUUUACACUUUUGAAACCAGUUGAGAUGAAAACCAGUGUUAGUGGCUGGGGUGCUGGGCACAGAGCUCCUUUCCAGAAAGGGAAGAUACAAGGGAACUCCUGUGUGAGGGGAGGAAAAAGGGACUUUCUUCCUGGCUUGAAAAGAGGGACUGUAUUUUAGUCAUUUUAACAAGGCCAGGUUGAACACAUGGGCUUGGAGCAAGCUGCUGUAGUGGAAGGUGUCCCUGCCCGUGCAGGACUUGGAGCUGGAUGAGCUUUGAGGUCCCUUCCAACCCAAGAAGCUGUCUCUGGGCAGUUUGUAACAGGUUGUCCAGAGAAGCUGUGGCUGCCCCAUGUCUGCAGACACUCAAGGCCAGGCUGCAUGUGGUUCUGAGCAACCUGCUCUAAUGGAAGCUGUCCCUGCUUAUUGCAGGGGUUGGAACUGGAUGGGCUUUGAAAGGUCCCUUCCAAUCCAAACUAUUCUAUUCUAUGAUGAUUUUAGGUAGAAAAAGACAAUGCACUCAGCUAAUUGAGGAACUUGUGUGCCAUUUCACUUUUAAGCUGAAAGGAAGCUCAGAACUUACUGAUUCCUCCUGAGCAGUCAGAUGUGGGAGCUGGGACACACAGGUAAAAGGCAUUGCAGGUGAGAGGUGCUGCUGCUGUAGUCCACAGCAUCUCUGCUGGAUGUCUCGACCUGUUAGAGCAGGAAGAGGAAAUGCUGUCUUUGCUUCAUUUAUGUCCUUUCAUCCACCUGACGAAAGCUCUGGGCCUGUUUUCAUAGUCGCUGUCAGCAGGAGGGAGAGCCAGGGAAUCCUCCCAGAGAGCAGCAGGGCUUGUGUUGUUCUUUUACAUCCUUUCUGUUCCUGCACUCCUUGUGGCAUCACUUCUAGGACAUUUGCUGGAUUUCUUUAUUGAGGGGGGAGGAAAGGAAAUUAAUCAGAGCACCAUGGGCCACCCAGAAAAUGAUGUUUGGAACUGAAUUGGAAUCAAUACAAUCCAGGGCAAAAUAAGCUAUAGAAUAUGUAUUUAAAUACUAAAAUCCAUACCUUGUCCUGAAAGGAAGGGGGGGGGGGGAGGGGGAAUGAUUUCCUUUGCCUAUUUUUUACCUAUACCCAAAGAAAUGCCAUCCUACAUACACAGUGUUCUUAGCUGGUGGGUCUUUGUGAAUAUUCCUUCUGUAUAACACCAUGAAUGUUAAUACUGUCAUUGAAUUUGGGGAGGGGGAAUAUUUUUAAUGCUAAACAACUGUUCAAAGUUGGUUUUUUAAGGUUAAAAAAAGGAAAAAAAAACCCAUUCAGUUCAAUGUACAAUCUGUAUUGCACUUUUUCACAUUUUAAUGCUAUGUUUUCUUACAUAUCCUGUGAUUUUCAAUUCAGGACAUUGUGUAUCCUUGUAGUGUCAUAGUCAAGCUGGUAAGUGACAGCUUCCCUCAGCCAUGUGGGGGGAAUCAAACCAAACCUGUAUCUUGUUUUCUGAUUCUCAUGUAGACUGUUUUGAGGACUGCUGUAGAUGUCUGCCUUUCUGUACCAUUUCUUUGCUUUCCUGUAGUAUUUGCUGUAUACUCGAUGGCUUUUUUUUUUUAAUACCUUCAUGUUUAUGAUUUUGUAUUGGUCAUCCAAUACACUUUUUUUAAUCCAAUCCCA